ACGCAACCAAUAGCAACCGUUGGGCGCAGAGGGAACGCAGGUCCAGUAGGUGCUCCCCAGCCAAAAACGGGCCGAAAAGAACGGCCCAAAAAAAGACAACAAGGGUGGUAAAAAUAUCGUAUCCCCGCUCUAUCGAAAAGAGGGGAGAUGGGGAAGAGCAGAAGAAUCCAACAGGCAGUGUCGACCGAUAGAACGGACGCCAUGACCGCACCACGGGCAGUGCGCUGGGUGGAGGAUGAGGCUGAACCGAGCGAUCACUGAUUAGCGAUCGGAUCCGUCUGAGCAGGUCGUGGAGGAGAUCUUUUUGCGGGGUUUUUUUUCUUCUUCAAAUUGUAUUCUGUGCUACUGCUGUUGCUGUUUUUUGGUGGUAAUAGAGGCAGCCGGCCGCGGUGUCAUCGCAGUCAGACUUUCGGCUACUUCGGCAACAGCGGAGUACACUCGGCAGCGGCGUGCCCCGGAAGCAGCUUCGAAACCGCGCGCGCAUAUUGGCACUACACGUGCGCUAGAGUGAUCGGUGUCCGGUGUUGGGAUUCCCCCGUCCCCUCUGUACGGAUUUUCGUCAGUGAUUGUUUUGGUGAUUUUGAAUUGCAUCUUAUUGCGUGGAUUGUUUUUUUUUUGUUGUGAGUUAUUGUUGGAUCCAUCGUCACUGCUGCUGGUGCACAAAAAUCCUCGUGAAGGUUCCUGUGCGAUGGUGUUGUUGUGCUAGUGUGUCCAGCGUCCAUCUCCAACCAUCCCUUGGUCGAUCGCACAAACGCACGCAUCAUGUUCAACUGCCGCACGCUGACGCUUUACUUUCACAUACCGCUGGCUGCGGUGCUGCUCUACUGGUACCGGCCCUAUCUGUUUGACCAGUUUACCGUCGGUACGACACAGGCUCCGCCACCACCACACCAUGCCACAUCGGACGCGCUGGUACCGCCCGAUCCGGGCCACACUGAUCUCUCGGUGAAGUUGUCCUACUCCACCCUGCACAUGUACGAGACGGCGGCCAUCUGCUCGGAUUCGGACAUUUGCAGCAACAUCGGUCGCGACCUGCUGAAGCGGAACGGCACUGCAGUGGAUGCCGCCAUCGGGACCAUGUUCUGUGCCGGGCUGACCAACCUCCAGUCGAUGGGCUUGGGCGGCGGGUUCGUGAUGAACGUCUACCGGCGAGCGGAGCGACGGGCCUACACGCUGGACGCACGCGAAAUCGCCGCCGGCCAGGCAACGGAGGAUAUGCACCUGCACGAUCCGAGCACGACGAACGAGGGCCCCCUGUCGGUGGCGGUACCGGGCGAGCUAAAGGGUUACUGGGAGGCGCACCGGCGCUUCGGCCAGCUGCCGUGGGCGGAGGUGGUCCGCCCGAGCCGGGAGCUGUGUCGCCGGGGCAUACCGAUCUCGAAGCACAUGCAAGACUCACUGUCCUUUAACUCGAAAGCACUGCUAGACGAGCGGAUCAGGGAUCUCUUCACAGAUCCAGCCACCGGGCGGCGCAAAGUGCAGGGCGAUCUGAUACAACCGACGCAACUGUGCGAUACGCUCGAUCACAUCGCGACCGAGGGUGGUGACACGCUUUACCAGGGUCCCCUGGCGGAAGAGUUUGCAGCAGAUCUCAAGGACAUGGGUAGCAUCAUAACGCUGGAAGACCUACGAAGCUAUCGUGUUCGCUGGAACGAAUCUAUACCGAUUGAUCUGAAUGGAGAUACAAUGUACGUGGCGCCUCCUCCGGCAAGCGGUGUCCUACUGGCAUUUAUCAUGAACAUCCUCAAGGGCUAUCACUUCCAGCCAGAUGAUGUGCGCAGCAUCGAGGAAACAAUCCUCACCGUCCACCGUAUCGUGGAGGCGUUCAAGUUUGCGUACGGGAAGCGAACAGAAAUCGGAGACCCAUUGUUCGUGGAUAUUGCGGAGCUGACGUCCAAUCUCACCUCGAUCGAGUACGCGGAAGCGAUACGUGCCCGUAUAGAUGAAAUGAAAACCGGAACCAAACCGGGCGACUAUGACGGAUACUUCUUUACGCCAAACAAUGAAGGCACGGCACACAUUUCUGUGCUAGCACCAUCUGGAGAUGCAGUGUCGGUGACUAGCUCGGUCAACUUCUACUUCGGAGCGGGCCUGAUGGGACCUCGUACCGGGAUCAUCGUGAACAGUGGGAUGGAUGACUUCUCUUCUCCAGGACUGCGUAAUUAUUUUGGACUGCCCGGCUCGAAGGCUAACUUUAUUCGGCCUCGAAAGCGAGCUCUAUCCUCCAUGUCACCCACGAUCGUGACCGAUCCGGACCAUGACGUCAAGCUGGUCGUUGGAGCAGCCGGUGGAACUAAAAUUACCACCGCCGUUGCAUUGACCAUAAUGCGUGUCCUAUGGUUUGGAUAUGAUAUAAAAGAAGCUAUUGAUGCGCCACGGUUUCACCAUCAAUUGAUCCCGAUGGCAGUACAGUACGAGUAUGGCAAUUUGGAUCUGAUCGUGAAGGGCCUGAGAGCAAAAGGACAUCACACGAUGCGAUAUCGGGAACGUGGUUCCAUCAUAUGUGCCAUCGCCCAGAAUGCAUCCGGCAUUUACGCGAAUGCCGACUUCCGGAAGGGUGGCGAUGUUGCCGGUUUUUGAAACAUUAUCCAAAAAGAAAGUCAUAGUCGCAUUCAAGUGCAACUUAGCCUUAAAACUAAUAAGAUAGGUAUGGUUAGGAGCAAUCGUUAUAAAAUAGUCACAGCAUUUAAGCAACAUCAAUCUUAAACCAAGGAAAAGACGCGCGUCUGGUGUCUAUCGGUGUCUUUUACUCUCUUUCUCUCGUGGUGCUAGCUAGAUAGUGUACAGUUUUUGUAAAAUGUUACUAGGUACAAUUUAUGUUUAUCAGUUAAGGUAAACGUGCCAUUUUCCCUUUAAUUCAAGGGUUAAAUGGGUAAAUAUGGAAGAAUUCUACUAGAAUUUGAGGCCGCAUAAGCAAUCUAAAUAAAGCAAAUCAAAUUGUCCACUCAA